AUGGUUCCCUCAGGUUGUCCUGAACCGGAUAUGUGUCUGUCAAAAUGGGAUUACUGUGGUAAAACUUUAGAGUACUGUGGUGAUGGCUGUAAGGCUGGUCCAUGUAAUGGAAAUGGUGGAGUUACUGCAGGCGAUAUCAUCAACAGCAAUACUUUUGCUUGUGUAUUUAACACGAUCGAUGAUGCAACGCGAACAAAUCGAUUCCAUGGAUUGCAAGCAACAGGUUGGAAGCCAUCGAACAAAGACGAAGCAGCCGUCUUUCUUGCUCAUGUUUUUCAUGAAUCAGAUGGUCUCAAAACAGUACGAGAAUAUUGUGCUCCAGGUUGUGGUUCUAAUUAUGCUGAAUCAUGGUGCGAGAUUCAGGGUAAUCCAAACAAACUGUACUAUGGACGAGGUUGGUUUCAGCUCUCGUGGCCAUGUAAUUAUUAUCGAGCUGGCCAAGAUCUUGGUGUUGAUCUUCUCAAUGAUCCGGACAAGGUUGAAAAUGAUCCUACUCUAGCAGUAAACACAGCUAUCUGGUUCUACAAGGUCAAUAAUAUGGCUGGACCUGCUCAGCAAGGUGAUUUUGCUGCAACAACACGCAUCAUCAAUGGCAAACAAGAAUGUGACAAUGGCCCAGGUUACAAUAAUCAAUUGACUAGAGUCAAUACGUACAAACGUGUUCGACAAUGUUUCGGACUCGGAGAACCUUCGAAGAAUCCUGUGUGUUAG